CAGAAAACAUAAAAAAGAGGGAAGAAAUAGAUGGAGGGGAAGAGCUGCAAAUUUGAAACAAACGAAGCACAUACAGUGAAGCAAAUUCCGGCGAUCGAUCCAAAGAUGAGAGGUCCGAGAAAACAGUCCACUCGGAGUCCUCCUCUCCUCCAUCUCCUCUGUGCCGCCGCCAUCUUCUCUCUAUUCUUCUUCGUCUUUCACUUCUCUUCCUCACCCGGAAACCAGCGAAUCUCAAGUGUCAACAAAGUGGAUGUUCGGAUACUGUCUGAUUUCCAGUCUGACGUUCAGCAAUGCGUGGCAAAUAGAGGCCUUGGACUCACUGCCCAGAUAAUGGAUCACUGCAAUUUGAUUCUCAAGUUUCCUGAAGGAACAAAUAGCACUUGGUACAAUGAACAGUUUAAAAUAUUUGAGCCUUUGGAGUAUAAGUAUGAUGUUUGUGAAGCAAUAUUGUUGUGGGAGCAGUGUUGCCGAGAGUAUUUGGAUGCACGGCCUGAUGGUUGGCUAGACUAUGCUCCAAAGAGGAUAGCACAGUUAGGAGCAAAUAAAUGUUACAAUAAGACUCUUUGUGAGGAACAUCUUAAUGUGCUUUUACCAGCCAAGCCACCUUUCCAUCCACGCCAGUUUCAAACUUGUGCUGUCGUUGGAAAUUCUGGAGAUCUCUUAAAGACAGAAUUUGGAAAGGAAAUUGACAGUCAUGAUGCCGUCAUCAGAGACAAUGAGGCCCCCGUUAAUGAGAAAUAUGCCAAAUAUGUUGGUGUGAAGAGAGAUUUUCGCCUUGUAGUCAGGGGUGCCGCACGGAAUAUGAUUAAGAUUCUCAAUGGGUCAGUUCAGAUUCAUGAAAAUUUAACCUGUGCUCAUUCAUAUGGUUAUUCUGUUGCAGAUGAUGAAGUGCUUAUAAUCAAAAGCCUCACUCAUAGAGAUUUUAAUGAAAUGAUUAAGAGGAUCCCGAAUCCCGUUUAUUUAUUCCAAGGCAUAGUGCUUCGUAGAGGUGCCAAAGGAACAGGAAUGAAAUCAAUAGAACUCGCUCUUUCCAUGUGUGACAUAGUCGACAUUUUUGGUUUCACCGUUGAUCCUGGAUAUACAGAGUGGACGAGGUACUUCUCAACACCGAGGAAAGGACACAAUCCACUUCAAGGAAGAGCAUACUACCAACUUCUAGAGUGUCUUGGUGUAAUUCGAAUCCAUUCACCAAUGAGAGCUGAGAGGAAGCAGGAGUGGUCAGAUAUACCGAGUGGAGAAAAAAUAAACAGGGCUCACUUGGCUGCUGUACGUCUGAAGAAGAAUCAAGCUGGCCAAGAAGGUUAUUUGGGACAAUUUCGUAACUGUAAAGUGUGGGGACAAUCUGGUCCUUAUGGCAGCAGGCCUGUGUCCGGGCCACCGGAUAUGAGUGACAUGAGAAAGAAUUCGAAUUACAGAAAAUGGGAGACUAUGCCCUUUGAGAAAUUAAGUAAAGCAGCACAAGAUCAUUACACUCGUAUGGAAGGUGUGUCGUUGUAUAAGAUGCAUGGCAACAAAUUGGAUGAUCUAGUAUGCGUGAGGCACUCUUCUUUAAAAUCUCAGGUGUGAUGGUACUUCACUGUUCGUUGGAAUCUAAAAAUGGGUAUCCAUUGACAACAAUAUAGCUGUGCGCUAUACACUUCUUUGCGGCUUUCAUGUGCUAACUUGUGAAUGGACAUUGCUUGCAUCAAUGUAUUUGCAAUGAACUAGAUGUUUCUGUUUAAUCAUGUAUGUAUUGAGAAAUUAGGGGGUUGUAUUCAAUUAGGACUUUUUAAGACUUUUGAAGUUUAGGAUUUUU